CGUGUCCCCCCCCCCCAUCCCGCAGAAAUACCCGCCCCGUAAGGACAUGGUGCGAGCGGUGUCCAUCCAGACGGGCUACCUGGUGGAGGGGAAGGGAGCCAAGAGCUGCACCAUCACCUACCUGGCACAGGUGGACCCCAAAGGUUCGCUGCCGAAGUGGGUGGUGAACAAAUCCUCGCAGUUCCUGGCCCCCAAGGCGAUGAAGAAGAUGUACAAGGCGUGCCUCAAGUACCCGGAGUGGAAGCUGAAGCACAACCCGCGCUUCAAGCCCUGGCUGUUCCCCGAGCAGAGCACGCUGCCGGCCCUGGCGCUGUCCGAGCUCUCCAUCCAGCACGCCGACUCGCUGGAGAACAUCGACGAGAGCUCCCUCUCCGAGACCAAAGACGACCGCGGCGAGGCCAGCGACGAGGACAGCGUUAACUGAGACCCCCCCCCCCCGUCCCCCCCCCCCCCCCCCCCCCCCCCCCGAGCCCCCCGGGGGGCGUUGGUUUUGGCCCCGUGCCCGCCUGUGUCUCCU